AAACCUGGUUUCAAUUUCAACGCCUACAUGCUUGAGAAGGCCAAUAAGGUGAACCAGGCCUUGGAUGCAGCUAUUUCCCUGAGAGAACCCGAGAGGAUUCACGAGGCCAUGCGGUACUCCCUUCUCGCCGGCGGCAAGCGUGUGCGCCCAAUGCUCUGCAUCGCCGCCUGCGAACUUGUCGGCGGCCACGAAUCAGUGGCCAUGCCCUCAGCUUGCGCCGUGGAGAUGAUUCACACUAUGUCGCUGAUUCACGACGACUUGCCCUGUAUGGAUAACGACGAUCUGCGGCGAGGGAAACCGACAAAUCACAAGGUCUUCGGGGAGGAUGUCGCGGUUUUGGCUGGCGAUGCCCUUUUGUCUUUCGCCUUCGAGCACAUCGCCGUUGCUACCGUGGGCGUGGGGCCGCCGAGGGUAGUUCGCGCCAUCGGGGAGUUAGCAAAAUCGGUUGGCGCUGAAGGUCUGGUCGCCGGGCAAGUUGUGGAUAUAGCUUCGGAGGGAUUGUCCGAUGUGGGGCUGGAGAAGCUAGAAUUCAUUCAUAUUCACAAAACGGCAGCGUUAUUGGAAGCCGCGGUUGUGCUGGGAGCAGUCGUGGGAGGUGGGUCGGACGAAGAGAUUGAGAAAUUGAGGAAGUUCGCGAGGUACAUCGGGCUGCUGUUUCAGGUUGUGGAUGACAUUCUCGACGUUACCAAAUCGUCGGAGGAACUGGGGAAAACUGCGGGGAAGGACUUGGUGGCUGACAAGACCACGUCGAAACUUCUGGGGAUAGAGAAAUCGAGGGAGUUCGCUGAGAAAUUGAACAAGGAUGCGCAAGAUCAGCUUUCUGGGUUUGAUCCAGAAAAAGCUGCUCCGUUAAUUGCUUUGGCCAAUUACAUUGCUUACAGGCAGAACUAGGUUGCUCAAUUAAUUUGUUCUAGUUUUGGAUGAUUGCAACUUCUGAAAUCAUAGUUAUACAUAAGCUCCUGAUCUUGUAACGAGGGAUGCCUCCAAAUAAUUCCCUCUUCUCCUCUGUGCUUCAAUGUUAUUCAAUUCAAACUUUGUCCAAUUACAUUGCGUACAGGAAGAACUUGGUUGCUCAAUUAAUGUGUUCUAGUUUCGGA